AUGGGUGUCGAUCCUGAUGAAAGUCUUAUUGCUGAAGUUGAUGAAGAGGUUUUGCAUUCUCAUCGUAAACGUGUGGCCCCUACUUCAAGAGAAGAUGAUGAGGAUGCUAGACAAGGAGAAAUUAUAAGAGAUUCUAUAGCAUUAGCCAUGUGGCAAAAUUAUGUCCAAAUCAUGGGUAAGAUAUCAAAGAAGAAUGGUGGAGAUCCAAGCAAAGAAGUACAAUGGAGUAGUGUUAUGGAUGAUGCUUUAGUGGAUGCUUUUUUACAUCAGGUGAUCAUAGGUGGUAGAGUUAAUGGAACUUUUACCUCUAAGGCAUAUGAUGACAUAGUGAAAGAGUUGGUUGAAAAAUUUGACAUGGAGAUCACCAAGGAUAAGGUGAAAAAUCGACAGAAGACACUGAAAAAGAAUUUUCAUGAAUGCUAUGACAUAUUUAAAGAUGGAUUGAGUGGUUUUGGAUGGAAUGAUUCUUUAAAUAUGUGGACAGCUGAACCAGAAGUUUGGGAGCCACUCAUAGUGUCUAAACCUACAGCCAAGAAGUGGAUGACAACACCUAUACCUAAUUACUCUAAGAUGGCACAACUUUGGGUUAAAGAUAGAACAAAAGGUGAUCAUGCUGAAACUGCAAGGGAGAAACGUGCUAGGUAUGAUACAUCUACCACUAUUGAUGAGAUUGAUAAUAUGAUAUCUCAAAAUGAAGUUUCUUUGGAGAACUUUGAAGUGGAAAAUGAUCAGAGAUCACCAAAAAUUAAUGUUGCACGUUCUCGAGUGUCAUCACAAGAUGCAAUGUCUUCUAAAAGUAAGAAAAGACGACUGGCAGAAGAUGAUGAACUCAGGAAUGUAAUUUCCCAAUCAUUUGAUAAUGUAUCAAAGGCAAUUGAUAGGGCGACUGAGGUUAUGCCAAAGUGCUUUUCAAAGUCAUAUGGAACAGAAGUUCACACAGCUUUGAGCAUAUUGGACUUAGAUCCAAUAUCAAAGACUGAGGCCUACAUAUUUUUUAUGGAAAAUCCAACAUAUAAGGAGAUGUUCUUUGGUUGCCCAGAUCAUAAGCGCAAAUGUGUCUUAUUGACACUGAUGUCUAGGUCUAAAAAUUAA